AUGGACUACUUCAUGCGAGGGAAGCAGGCCAACGGAGAAGACGUGGGCUUGAGCACCAUCCCCGGUUACGCUUUGAGGUCGUCGGCAUUUGGCCUGCCGCUGAGCCGUCCACGUAUCUACUUCGUCGGCGUAGAGACUACGGAUGCUGUGCACGGCUUCCACACCGGCAACACGGAGGACAUGAUUCUCCAUGUGCUGACGACCUUGUUCCAAGACGCUUACUUGGGUGUCGAGCCUGAUGCUGGCUACUUCUUGGAGUGGUUGGAUGACAUUGACACAAACUUUCCGAAGCAGGAGAAUCCGAAGCCUCGUUAUGCCAAGUGCGAUCAGUGUGACCAGCUUUUUGGGCAGUAUGAUCGGUAUGCAAAGGAAACACAGGUGACGAUACGCUGCAGCAAAAUGAAGCUGAACGUGGCAACGGGCGAGAAGGAACCGGAUGGUCAUGAGUGUUUUGCCUGUGAGAAAGUGCGCGGGCGGAAGUUCGGAGCAAUGAAGGCUACUGAGUUGAAGAAGAUGCGCGAGAUCGACCAGAAGUUCGACGAACAUCGUAGCUGCGCGGCACUUCCGGGUGCUCGCUUGCCAAAGGAGGGCUUCGACAUUUCGGCGUUUCAGGAGCAAGCCGCGUAUGCGGACAAGUACAUCGAGGCUUACUGGUUGCCCAUCGAUUCCUUUAUCAAUGAGGAGGAUACCGGGAUCAUGGGUGAUCUCGAGGCUUGGGAGGAGGUAUACGAACAGGCCAGUGGGAGUAUGCAAAGCCUGGCGGACCAGGUUGGUAGUAUCGACAAUGUGCGGCAGAGGCUGGCCUUGAAAGCAGACGAUUCAGAUGCGGCUGACAGUUUGAUUGAGGCUUUGCCAGCUCCUAGCGAGAGCAAAGAGCUUCGAAUGCGUUUCGGUUUGUUCGAUGGGCCUGGUUCUGAUCAGGGACAGCCGCCCGCGAUCAACCCGAAAGGAUCUGGCCGCUCCAAACCAGUGAAAAACCUUGCACCCACGUCCAGCAACCCUGCGGAGGGCUCCAAGCGUCAACGCAAAGCUUUGGGUGCCGACGGAAACACACGGCCUCCACCUGCAGACAGUUCAGCCCCCGCACCAGGUCCGAACAAGACGACGAAGACACUGGAGCUCAUGCGUAAGGCCCGAGAGGUCUUGCAGAAGCAGGACGUGGCGUUUUCGGACAACUCAAUCUGGGGGAGCAAGCUAAGGAAGCGAGCGCUGGACGCCGCUGUGAAGUCGUUGUCGUCACAGGCUGCAUUGUUGCUAGCUACGAAUGACACUGAUGCCAUCAAUCUUAGCACCCAGCUCAAUGAAUGGUGCGACCACGCAGAAAUCCGGUUCGAGGCGUUGCAGGCUGUGCGCAACAAGCCCCUUGAGGUUGCAGGCGCAGCCUCCGAGGAGAUGGCUGUGCAUAUGGAAACAUUGAAAAACAUGCAGGUCCCAAUGCUCUCGAACAUCAUUCUUCACGUGGCUGGAGAGUGUUUGAAGUCGCUUGACAAGGAGGCUACUCAGGUUCAGGGUACAGAGCGGUUCUUCACCGUUGCGUCCUGCAAGAUGGACACUGGCCUGACGGUUGGUAGUGUGUUUUCAGCUGCCCAACGGAACGAGCAUCGUGAUGCACCAGACAUGCCAGCCUCACUUGCCGCGAAUUUGCAAACCCAGUUGGUGGCCUUGUGGUAUGAUCGAAUCAUGAGAAUGAAGAACGCGGAGCGUUUCAGGCAGUUGAUCAAUGCGUGCCCGGUGCCGCGACUGGAGCUCUAUCGCUUGGCUGCGGAUUGGAAGCCGCCAAAGCAGGAUAUUGACGGCAGCAGCGGCAAGUGUUUCUCAACCACCAUCCGUUUCGAUAUCCAGGUCUUGCGCUUGAUGUCAAUGCAGGAUUGGCAGCAGGCGUCGCCCAUCGAAGUUCUUGUGGCCAAGACAGCUGUUGACCUUCGCCCGCAGCUUUCCAUGCGGCUGCAGACUUUCAUGCGAUCCGGUACCGGCUCAGCCGGCAAGCAACUCAUCAACAAGACAAGUUAUUCGCAGCUUUGGGCUCUCAUGGAGCAGGCCAGCAAGCGGGCGCUCUCCCCGGCCAGCGUGGCGACUGAAGUGAAUGGUGCAGCAGAUGAGCUGCCCCAGGAUGCCCUUGAUGUAGCUGUGCAAACUUCGUCGAUCAUACCAUUGCUGGAGGAGGAUAUGAUGUGCUUCUGCGAACAUCGAUUGUUGAUUGUUGACCCUGCCGCGAAGCUGGACAGAGCGAUCGCAGCGUCGGAGUCUUUGAAGGUGAUGCCACAGGUUCCCGAAGUGUCCGCGGACAAAGCUGCAGCCCUGAAGCAAGUCUUGCCUGCCGCAGAGCAGUUGUUUGUUUGCACAGAAGGCCUCCUGGGUGAGAUUCUAGUUGCCCACAGCUCCGUCAUGGAUGCAUUCAAGAAGCUCGCCCCGGAGACGUUUGCUGUUGCCGUUCGUGCCAUGAACAAGCUAGCCUGUUCAUCAAGGGUUGCAGACCUGAAGCUUCAAAUCACGCGCGUCUCGGAGGGGCCAGCGGCGACGGGGCCAAAUGAGGCCGCCGGCCAACUUUGCAAAGCCGCCCAACGACUUGUUGAUUUGCUGGACCAGAGCCACAGACAGGAUUUGCAGGUGACGUGGUUGAAGGAGUUGCUUGGCAAAGACAUGCGUUCGGAGCUUGAGAAGUUGGAUGCCAGUGUGUUCCACAUUCUUGACACCAGGGCUGGCAAGCUCUGGCGCUCUGUCCAGAUCGUGCAGGAUGCCACCCGCCAGGAGGCUGAGGUCGAUGAAACGGGGCUGUCACGGCAGCCAGGCCCUCUGGAUCUCGAGAAGGAAGCAGUUGUCAAAACGGCCCUUCAUUUCACGCAGAUGCACACGAUUGAUUUGGAGGAAUUGUCUGAGGCCGGGUUGCACGAUGUUCAUAAAUACCAGGAUCGUGCCAGGGCGCAGCUGGCAUGGAUUAUGAAAGGCUUGACAGCCGAGAUGUGCAAGGCCAAGGACGACAUCAAGAAGUACUACGAGGACUACAACGGCAUCGUCGCGUGUGUGGAGACAUGGGACGACGAUAAAAUUAAGGCCAUCCUUGCAAAGGUGCCCGAGGCCUCCAAUGCCAAAGCAUCCAUGGACAACAUGCUCGACGGUGCCGGGCGCAUGUACCAGACGGAAGUGGGGGCCGAGGCCAUUACGACUUGGGCAGAUCAGCCACUGUUGCAGAAGCACCUCGAGACAGACUGGGGCCUGCUGAAGCAGGCCAGGAAUGCACCACCUCGAGCGGCUGAUUGCUUCAAGGUUGCGGCUUACAUGAUGGCA